AUGGGAAACACUUGCUUCCUCGUCUCCCUUCUUGCGGACCCUCAAAACAUUUUGGCAACCAAUUGGUCGACUGCUACCUCUGUUUGCAACUGGGUCGGUGUCAGUUGUGGAUCCAGGAACCUCAGGGUCACUGCGCUGGACAUUUCGAGCCUGGGUCUAACCGGUACCAUCCCACCUCACUUGGGAAAUCUGUCUUUCCUCGCUUGGAUUGCUAAAUUGAUCUCAGCAAUAACCAACUCUCUGGAGAGAUUCCUAGAGCAAUUGAUAACAUUAUAUCUAGGUAGGAAUAAGCUUUCAGGUUCCAUAUCUUCCUCAAUCAUCAACAUAUCUUCAUUGCGGCGAAUUAAUCUUGGACCCAACCAGCUGUCUGGCUCCAUACCAACCAUCCCACGCAACACAUCUUCCCUGAUAGGAAUCGGUUUGGACACUAACAAUCUCACAGGUGAAAUUCCCCGGCAGCUUGCUCUUCUUGCAGAGCUUGAUUGUUCAUUUAACAAGUUUGCAGGUAGACUACCAAAUGAGAUUGGAAACCUGCAGCAUCUGCAAUUCUUUAAUAUGGGACCCAACAAUUUCACUGGUUUCAUCCCUCCAUCCUUAUUUAAUAGCUCAACUUUGAGGAUCAUUUCUCUGGGGGUAAAUCGUCUCUCGGGCCAUCUUCCUUUAAGCUCUGAAUUCUGGCUUCCCAAACUUGAACAAAUAUAUCUUGAUGGAAAUGAACUGAGCGGACCAAUGCCAUUCUCCAUCUGCAGCAUCAGGAUAUAUCCCAGACAGGCUUGGCAAUUUAAGAUAUUUACAGUGGCUCAAUCUACAGUAUAAUAAUUUAACUGCCACUGGCUCGAGCUUUCUCUCAUCUUUGACUAAUUGUAGAGAAUUAAGGUUGUGUUUGGUAUAAGGAAAGUGGGAGCACAUUCUCUGCAAUGUAUCUAAUUAAAUUACGUGUUUAUUUUGUAAC